AUGGCAUUGGCGUUGAAUGCCAUGGAUCAAAUCUGCUACAUCUUGUGCCUACUGUUGGGUCUAUUAUCCACCAGAGUAAUCGCAUCCUCAGAUUAUCACGAGCAACUCCUUCUCCAACCACUGCAUCCCUCCUCUUUACUUGCUUCCUUCAAUUUUCAAAGCAACACCAGCCUCAAAUCGUUCGAAAAGCAGAACUUCCGCUAUUUCCCAAGAUCUUUAGGACAGAUUCUUCAGUAUGCGAACACUAGAGAAUUACACUUGAGGUUCAGUCUGGGGAGAUGGGAUGCUGAGAAUUGGGGCGCGAGGCCAUGGGGUGGUACAAAGGAAGGCGGAACAGGUGUGGAGCUUUGGGCUUGGGUAGAAGCUGGUACUGAUGAAGAGUACGCUUGA